UCGGGCACCCUACACCCACCCAUCCACGACGACUUUGAUGUUGCUAAUUUGGAUCGGCGUCGUGCUGGUGAACGUUUUUCGUUGACGAUUCGGGGUGCUGACGACUUUGGCCACGAGGCACACGACAACUUUAUCAGCAUUCGGGAAAGUAUCAACAGAGCCGCUGACGCGUUGGUUGAAGACACACGUUCGCUCGUUAGUGGUGCCGGGGAAGACCAGAACCGACUUGCAGGAUCAACACAAUUAGCUGUUCGCAACAUAUCUCAGUUAGCCGAGGUUGUCAAGGAGGGAGCUGCCAUUCUCGGUCCAGGCCAACUCGACAACCAGGUGGCCCUCCUCCAAGGUGCCAAGGAGACCGCCGUCUCAGUUAGAACCCUAUUCCUGACUGCCAGUCAACUGCACGGGCGUCAGAAAUCUGAUCCUGUGUAUGAAGAUCUACGCGCGUCAGGCGAUCCGGAUAUGAACCAGUGUGGCAGCGCCUCCACCCUCCUCUCCACCACCAGUCUCGUCUCGCGCUAUAUGGCGCCUGAGGAUCUAUCACGUGCCGUCGCCGGUCCCAUGCAGUUGGUGGUGUCGAAGACAAUGCUGGCGAGUUCCACACGCCGACAAGACGACGGCCUGACCGCAGCCAACACUGCGCGACACGCUCUCCUUGACCUGGUACAGGCCUACAAGGUUGGUUCCCAUCUCUUAUGUCUCGCCGUUAUGAGUCACAUAAAGCAGAUCUUAGCUUGGGACUAG